ACUCAUGCACGCCACGGUCGUCUGCGAUUUAGAAUUAGAACACCUGUUGCGCUGUAUUCACAGAGCAAAAGACUAAUAGAGCGAAGUAUUGUAUUAUAUAAAGCAAUAAAAUCGAAAAAAAAAACUGUAUAAUGGCUCAUGAAAAUGAAGACAUUCCGACCCUCGUGAAAAGAGCUAAUGAUCUGUUUAUGCAAAGAUUCAAAUACGAAGCCUCCGUUUUCGUUUGUAGCCCUGGAAGAGUCAAUUUAAUAGGUGAUCAUGUGGAUUAUAAUGGUGGAUAUGUUUUGCCCAUGGGAAUUCCUAUGGCAACUGUUAUUGUUGGAUCUUUAAAUGAACUCUCAAUAUGUAGAAUUGAAACAGAUGCAAAAAUCCAAGGGAUUGAUGAACCCAAAUAUGUUGAAUUUAACAUUCCUUCUAAAGAUAUAGCAGUUGAGCCUGGAUCUCCAAAAUGGGCUAAUUAUGUUAAGGGUGUAGUAGCUGGUUUUCAUGGACCUAUCAAAACAGGAUUUGACUGUGUGAUAGUUUCUUCUAUUCCUGUGGGAGCAGGACUUUCAAGCAGUGCAGCAAUAGAAGUUGCAAGUUAUACUCUCCUGGAAGAAUUAUUAAGUAGCCCUUCAACAAGUUUGAAAGAAAAAGCUUUGGCUUGUCAGAAAGCUGAACAUGUUUUUGCUGGAUGUCCAUGUGGAAUUAUGGAUCAAUUUGUAUGUACAUUCGCUACCUCUGGAUGCGCCUAUUUACUGAACUGCAAGACAAUGGAAGGCCGUCAUAUACCUUUAGAUGAUCCUAGUGUUUGCAUUUUGAUCAUAAAUUCUGGGGUGAAACACGAACUGUCAGGAUCGGAAUAUCCGUUGCGACGAGCACAAUGCGAACAAGCUGCUAAGACUUUGGGCGCUGCGUAUCUGUGUGACGUCAGUCGCAAAGCAUUGGAAGAAAAUAAGGAGUCGUUAGAUGCCGAAGUAUUCAGACGUGCUCUUCACGUUAUAAAUGAAACUGAGUAUACCUUGGAAUUUGUUGAAUUUUUAAAAGAAAAAAAUUAUGUUGAAGCUGGGCAGCGUAUGAUACGAAGCCAUAAAUCUCUCAGCGAUCUGUACAAUGUGUCUUGCCAAGAGUUGGAUAUCAUUGUUGAUAUCGCGAGUAAAAUCAAUGGCAUCUAUGGAGCUCGGAUGACUGGAGGAGGAUUUGGUGGAUGUGUCGUCGCUCUGGCUGAGACUGAUAAAGCAUUAAGCGCGAUGGAAACUAUUCGAAAUCAGUGCAAAUCUCAAAACAUUUCUCCAAUUUUAUACAUCUGCAAGCCAUGUGAGGGCACUCGCCGCUUGAAUUAAGCCGUGUGUGAUUACAUUCGAAAUAAGUGAUGAAGUUAAUAUUUUUUUAAAUUCGUAUGCUUAUUACUCUAGUACGUACAUGCUGCCUAGAGAAGGGGUUGAUAUAGUGGUUGUAUUUGAAAAAGAACAUAUAAUUUUGUUAAUUUCAUUAAAUCAAGUUGAAUUUACACAUCAAACACAUAAUCUGCCUUCUGAAGUUUCUUUUUCAGUUGAGACGCCUUCUCAUCCCUAAAUAAAUAGAGAAAAUUGGUGUUGGAGGGUGUUCAAAUGAAUCAAUAAAGAUAAUCAUGCUUUACCUGAUAAA